UUACUUCAUUCCACAGGGUUAAAAUUUUCAAAAGUUGCUUUCGAUCAUUCCAUAGGUGUUACAAAUGUUAACAUAAAAUAUUUUGAUAAAACAAAAAGUAAUAAAAUUGACGUCUGUUUGAGUCGAACAUCACCGAGCAUUGGAGUGCUGAUAGAUUCAAAAUGUGCAUUAUUUGAGAGCAUCGUAACAUUUGCGUCAGAAUAUGUUUUAUUCGAUUCAGUCCAUAAAUGGCUUAUCUUGCAUGAAAUACACGACGGAGUUGGCGAUGACUACAGUUACAAUGACACCAAAAGCUUAACUAAACAUAUUCCUUAUAUGACAUUAUUUCGUAGUCUCAACUUAAGUGUGAAUGCAGAUAUCGUGGUAGCGAGCCAUAAAGAUAAUGAUUCUUGCAUUCUUUAUGAUGUGUUCAAUUUUGGCAAAAAUCGAGAUGGAAGAUUUGUUGUCAAAGCCAUUGGCAGCUGGAAUACUGUGACAGGUCUAAAUCUCACAAGAACUUCUAAAUAUUACCGGCGAUUUGAUUACCAUCAAAUGGUUUUAAAGUUGAUACUAGUCAUGUCUCCCCCGCCCAAAAACUUCGACCCUCAGAUGCUUCUGACGUGGAACCCAGCUUCGAACGUGCCCGCUUUAACUCAUACUUCGUCCAUAUUCAUGCACGAGAUAGCAGAGAUUCACAAUAUCAGGUAUAAUUACACUGUAGUGGAUGUAUGGAUCGGCGAUUAUAAACGGGAACAUGCGUAUACCGCUGCAAAUGGUAUUUAUUUCCACGAACAUGACGUCACUCCGGUUCUAAGAAUGCUUUUAUCUCAUUUUGAUAAAUAUGACGUAGCAUUCCCCGUUACCCGUGUCGAGACAAGAUUUUUUUAUAAAAUUCCAACCCAAGGAGUUGGAAAAUUCGAGAAUAAAUUUUUAAAACCCUUUUCAAAGAAUGCGUGGUUAUCUGUUGUGGGAAUUACCUUACUUUGUGGUUUAAUGUUACUGCUGUCAAUGAUUGUGGAGGAACGAAGACCAUUAUCAUUGGUUUACCCCAUAUUCUCAGUUUUAGCGUUGAUUUGCCAACAAUUUUUUGAAGAAUUUGAAGAUUUGCGAUCUAUUUCCUCGGUUCGAAAACUGACUACUCUAGUGACAGGAGUAUUCUGUCUUCUAACUUACAAUUAUUAUACAAGUAGUGUCGUCAGUUGGCUUCUGAAUGCGCCACCUCCAAGUAUUAACUCACUUUGGGAACUUUUGGAUAGUCCACUUCAACCAGUUUUUCAGGACACGGGUUUCAGUUAUUCUUGGCUACAAGUACCAAAUUAUUAUUACAAUACGAAACAUGCGAAGGCUGAAGAUGAACUGAAAAAGAAAAUGAAAAAAUUAGAGAAAAAAGGAAAGCCGAUAUUGAUAUUCCCAAAAGAUGGGAUUAGUUUAGUGAAGGAGGGAGGCUAUGUUUACCACGGAGAAGUCGAUAGUGCGAAUAAAAUAAUCGCUGAGACAUUCAAGCAACGCGAGCUAUGUGACCUGGGUUCCUUACAAUCGAUGGAUAAGACUUUUGCAUACAUAAGUGUGCAGAAAAGGAGUCCCUAUAAGGAAUUCUUUACAUGGAGUUCUUUACGGUUAAUGGAAACAGGAAUCUUAAAUCGUAUACAUAAGAGAACUUUGAGCGGAGCCAACAAAUGUGAAGGAAGUACUCCGCGAGCCCUGGCACUGGGAGGCGCAGCUCCUGCCUUUAUACUGUUGGCUGCAGGAUACAUACUGGCUGUUAUAUUGGUUGUUUUUGAAAGAAUCAUUCAUCAUCAUCAAUGAUAGAAAAUAUGGAAAUAAUAAUGUUAAGUUCACUCAUUAAUGAUUUCUAAUACGUAAAGCAGAUAAUUUGCACACUAUUGUAUUGUGUAGUGUCUAAAAAUCUUAAAAAUAAAAAAAAGUGAUGGAUGAUUUGAACAUGAUGGCUUUUUGAAUUUAAAAUAAAUAUAGUUACAAUUAUCUAUUGCUUUAUUAUUACUUUCCAAUCAAACCACUCCAAUUGCAGCUC